CGAAGUAUCUCUGCGUUGAUCCUUUUGCAUGUCUGUGAUAAAGAAGGGCCUGGUCACUUUCAAACAUCACUUGAAAGAUACAACCUUACAGUUUAAGAACGGUAGGGUUCUUUGAACUCAUCAGGGAUCGUAGACGAUAUAAAGAAAUUCGGAGAACCUUGAGAAAGGAAAAGAUCCCAGAAUGGCAGUUGCCACUGUCAGACGCUUUGCACAUAUACAAUUACAGGAGGAAUCGGACGAACUUUGCUCUCUUUACAGUUCCUGUGAUGGUCCUGUUUGGAGUCCCCAUUGUGGGAUACUUGGCUCUUCCAGCUAUUUUGUUGUAUCCGAAGAAAGUGUUGGCAAGACCUUUUUUGACAACUGUGAUGCGGAAGGAGUUUGACCUUGAGAAGCAUCAACUGAGAAAAACAGGCUUCAAACCAUCCUUGAUUGCUCUUUGUGAAGCGUUGGAAGAAGAAGCAACGGCAGACAAUGAUGGAAAAUUACGAACAAUUUGCUCUGCGGCAAACAAGAAGAUAGACCCUUGUGACGUGGUUGAGGAAACACUGCCGUUGUUUGAAUCUGACCGGUUGUCCUUCAAUUACCUCGACAGAUAUGAAUUGAUAGACCUGGCGACAUGUUGUGGAAUUAGGAAGUCUCACUUGCUUCCCUCAUUUGUGCUAGUCUAUUGGAUUGACAAGAGGGUCCAGGCCUUGCAGAGUCUGGCACAUGCUCUGCAGAAAGACAUUGUUCCUUUGACGACACUGAAUAAAGCCAUUAGACACGACGUUGAAGCGGCGCUGUUUGAACUGCUUCACGAUAGAACUGAUGACAGGGAUAAUUUAGAAGUAUCUGCAAGCCGAAUGCAUCAUUUCUGGAACAUCAUGAAAAACUGUGACAAACUGCCCAACGCUUCAAAGAGGUAUGCGUUUCUUCAUGGACUCAUAUACCUCGCAGCCAAGCAGAAUGAAUCCUAGCUAGACAUUCCAAGGAUAUUUGACCGCUUACUUCUGGCAUGCUUUUUGGAAAAUUUGUGUCAAAGAAUGUGCAAUUUGAAUAUCAGUGCUUCGAUCCAUAAUUAUAAUCUUUGAAAAUUUGUUUAUUUUUGAGUUGUAUAUGCUAAUUUUGUUCUAUAAAAUAAUUCUUGAAAAGAAUUAACAUUUUAUUUGCAGUUUUUUUCUU